AUGGGUUCGCUGCCACAGCUGUCGAUUGUCAAGGGUCAGCAGCAGGACUUUGUGCCGCGGGCGCUGCAUCGCAUCUUCGAGGAGCAGCAGCUGCGCCAUGCCGACAAGGUGGCGCUCAUUUAUCAGCAGGAACAGGCCCCCCGGGCGCCCAGCCAGAGCAGCUAUCGCCAGAUGAACGAGCGGGCCAAUCGUGCCGCCCGUCUCCUUGUGGAGGAGGCACACGGACGCUUCCUGCAGCCGAACAGCGAUGGGGACUUCAUCGUGGCCGUUUGCAUGCAACCGUCGGAGGCGCUGGUCAACACCCUCCUGGCCAUUUGGAAGGCGGGUGGCGCCUAUUUGCCCAUCGAUCCGAGCUUUCCGGCAAAUCGGGUGCACCACAUUCUGCUCGAGGCGCGUCCGAUUCUGGUGCUGCGCGACGAUGACAUCGAUGCGCAACGUUUCCAGGGCACGCCCACGCUCUCGCUGACGGAACUCUAUGCCAAGUCGCUGCAGCUGAGCGGCAACAAUCUGCUCUCCGAGGAGAUGCUGCGCGGCGGCAACGAUCACAUCGCCAUCGUGCUCUAUACCUCCGGCAGCACCGGGGUGCCGAAAGGCGUUCGUCUGCCGCACGAGAACAUCCUCAACCGUUUGCAAUGGCAAUGGGCCACGUUUCCCUAUACGGCCAGCGAGCAGGUGGGCGUCUUCAAGACAGCGCUCACCUUUGUCGACUCCAUUGCCGAGCUGUGGGGCCCGCUGAUGUGCGGCCUGGCCAUACUGGUCGUGCCCAAGGCCGUGACCAAGGAUCCGCAGCGUCUUGUGGCGCUGCUCGAGAAGUACAAGAUCCGGCGUCUGGUGCUAGUGCCGACGCUCCUGCGCUCCCUGCUCAUGUAUCUGAAGAUGGAGGGCGGCGGCGCGGCCCAAAAGCUGCUCUACAAUCUGCAGAUCUGGGUCUGCUCAGGUGAGCCUUUGGCCGUGCCGCUGGCCAGCAGCUUCUUCGACUACUUUGAUGAGGGCGUGCAUCAUUUGUACAAUUUCUACGGCUCCACCGAGGUCAUGGGCGAUAUCACCUACUUCACCUGCGAGAGCAAGAAGCAGCUGAGCAUGUACGAUAAUGUGCCCAUAGGCAUACCCGUGUCGAACACUGUCAUCUAUCUGCUGGAUGCGGACUAUCGUCCCGUCAAGAACGGCGAGAUUGGCGAGAUAUUCGCCUCGGGCUUGAACCUCGCAGCCGGCUAUGUGAAUGGACGUGAUCCCGAACGCUUCCUGGAGAAUCCGCUGGCCGUGGAGAAGAAAUAUGCGCGUCUCUAUCGCACCGGAGACUAUGGCUCGCUGAAGAAUGGCAACAUCAUGUAUGAGGGUCGCACCGAUUCCCAGGUCAAGAUACGUGGUCAUCGCGUCGAUCUGUCGGAGGUGGAGAAGAACGUCGCCGAAUUGCCGCUGGUGGAGAAGGCAAUUGUGCUGUGCUACCGCGCCGGCCAUGUGGAUCAAGCCAUACUGGCCUUUGUGAAGCUGCGCGACGAUGCGCCCAUGGUCACCGAGCUGCAGCUGGAGGCCCGGCUCAAGGAUAAGCUGGCCGACUAUAUGACGCCGCAAGUCAUUAUACUGGAGCAUGUGCCGCUGCUGGUCAAUGGCAAGGUGGAUCGCCAGGCGCUGCUCAAGACCUACGAGACGGCCAACAACAAUGAGGGCGACUCCAGUAUUGUGCUCGACUUUGACUACAGCCAGGUGCCCGAGGAACUGAAGCUCACGGCUCGCGAUCUCUUCGAGACGGUGGGCGGCGUAAUUGGACGCUCGACGCGCGCCAGCCUCUCGCCGCACAGCAACUUCUAUGAGCUGGGCGGCAAUUCGUUGAACUCCAUUUUUACGGUCACCCUGCUGCGCGAGAAGGGCUACAACAUUAGCAUCUCCGAGUUCAUAGCGGCCAAGAAUCUGGGCGAGAUUAUCGAAAAGAUGUCGGCCAAUCACGAUGCCGUGCAGCUGGAGGAGGAGACCCUCAAUGCGUGCCCGCAUCUCAAAAUGGAGGCGGUGCCGCUGCAACUGGAGCACCGUCAGGAUGUGAUCGACAUAAUUGUGUCCAGUUUCUACAACAAGGCCGACUUGGAGCAGUGGCUCAAGCCGGGCGUCCUGCGCACCGACUACAGCGAUAUACUCAAUGACAUUUGGAGCGUUCUGGUCGACUGCAAGCUGAGCUUUGUGAUAUACGAUCGGAAUACGGAACGCAUCAUUGGCACCGCCCUCAACUUUGAUGCACGCUGCGAGCCCGAGGUGGACAUCAAGUCGAAGCUUCUGAUCAUCUUCGAGUUCCUCGAGUUCUGCGAGGGACCCAUACGCGACAACUAUUUGCCGAAAGGUCUCAAUCAGAUACUGCACUCGUUCAUGAUGGGCACCGCGGAGCAGCUGAAUCCCCGCGAGAAUAUCGCCUGCAUGCACUUCAUGGAGCACGAGGUGUUGCGGGUCGCGCGCGAAAAGAAAUUCGCUGGCAUCUUUACCACCAACACGAGUCCACUCACCCAGCAGCUGGCCGAUGUCUAUCACUACAAGACGCUGCUCAAUUACCAGGUCAACGAGUAUGUCAGCUCCGAUGGCAGUCGACCCUUCCGGGAUGCACCCGACGAGCAGCGUGCCAUCGUCCACUGGAAGGAGGUCGGUGGCAAGUAGGACCAAAGGCCAAAGGUCGCGCGCACUCCUAGCAUCUAGACGAUCGAAUUUAAGACGCACCUGUGUUGUAUGUAACCUGUAGUAUGUAGUUUGUAGCCUGUAGUAUAUAAGGUCUAUAGCAAUAGAUCCACCUUCUAGUAUUAUCCCUAGGCAUUGCCCAAUGAAAUUUCAUCAAUGUAUGUUGACUAGUUAUAAGCUUUCAAUGCAAUUAAACAA